CCGCCGCAGCCUAAGAUUACUCUGAGCCCCAAGAAUUAAAGACCACAUUCUCCGACCGCCACCAUGGAAGCCAGCGCCGGCCUCGUCGCCGGCUCUCACAACCGCAACGAGCUCGUCGUCAUCCAUGGCGCCCAUGAAGAGCCUAAGCCCAUCAAGGAUUUGACUGGCCACGUCUGCGAGAUCUGCGGCGAUCAAAUCGGCCUUACGGUCGACGGAGACCUGUUUGUCGCCUGCUACGAGUGUGGUUUCCCGGUGUGCCGGCCGUGCUACGAGUACGAGAGGCGCGAAGGCACCCAACUCUGUCCCAACUGCAAGACCCGAUACAAACGCCUCAAAGGGAGCCCGAGAGUGGCGGGAGACGAGGACGAAGAAGAUGUCGACGAUAUCGAACACGAAUUCAAAGUGGACGAGGAGCGGGAAGAUCAUCAGAGCAAGAACACGCAGCUUGCAGAAGCCAUGCUUCACGGCAAGAUGAGCUACGGAAGAGGCCCGGAGGACGGCGACCACAUCAACGCCCACUGUCCUCCGGUUGUCUCAGGCGGCCGGUCCCGUCCGGUAAGUGGCGAGUUUCCAUUAUCCACAGAGCAAGCUCAAGGAGAACAGGCAAUGCCAUCUUCUUCUCUGCAUAAACGUGUUCAUCCAUACCCAGUUUCGGAUUCCGGAAGUGGAAGAUGGGAAGAAAGGAAAGAGUGGAAGCUUCAGGAAGGCAAUCUUGGGGCUGAAGCCGCCGGCUCCGGCGUCCGUGAGGUGGCCACGGUAGAUGGGACGAGGCGGCAGCCAAUGUCGAGGAAGAUUCCGAUGGCGUCGAGCAAGAUCAACCCUUACCGGAUGGUGAUAGUGACUCGGCUGGUGGUGCUGUGCUUGUUCCUGCGGUACAGACUGCUGAACCCGGUUCACGACGCCAUUGGCCUCUGGCUCAUCUCCGUCACCUGUGAGAUCUGGUUCGCUUUCUCCUGGAUUCUCGACCAGUUCCCCAAAUGGUUCCCCAUCGAUCGCGAAACCUAUCUCGAUCGACUUUCUCUAAGGUUCGAAAGAGAAGGGGAGCCAAACAAGUUAGCACCGGUGGACGUGUUCGUGAGCACAGUGGAUCCACUGAAAGAGCCUCCUCUGGUCACCGGAAACACAGUGCUCUCAAUCUUGGCAAUGGACUACCCAGUCGACAAAAUCUCCUGCUACAUAUCUGACGACGGCGCUUCCUUCAUCACCUUCGAAGCUCUAUCCGAAACCGCCGAGUUCGCCAGGAAAUGGGUACCCUUCUGCAAGAAAUUCUCCGUCGAGCCCCGAGCGCCGGAGAUGUACUUCUCUCUCAAGAUCGAUUAUCUCAAGGACAAAGUCCACCCCACGUUCGUCAAGGAGCGAAGAGCAAUGAAGAGGGAGUACGAAGAAUUCAAGGUUAGAAUCAAUGCAAUGGUGGCCAAAGCCACCAAGGUUCCGCCGGAGGGCUGGAUCAUGCAGGACGGAACUCCGUGGCCGGGGAACAACACCAAGGAUCACCCUGGCAUGAUUCAGGUGUUUCUCGGCCAGAAUGGGGGCGUCGACUCUGAAGGAAACGAGCUUCCCCGCCUCGUCUAUGUCUCCCGCGAGAAGAGGCCCGGUUUCCAGCAUCACAAGAAAGCUGGCGCCAUGAACGCGCUGGUUCGGGUGUCUGGGGUGCUGACGAAUGCGCCAUUCAUGCUGAACUUGGACUGCGACCAUUACAUAAACAACAGCAAGGCUGGAAGAGAGGCGAUGUGUUUCUUGAUGGAUCCAAAGGUUGGGAAAAAGGUGUGCUAUGUGCAGUUCCCUCAGAGGUUCGAUGGCAUCGACCGGCACGAUCGCUAUGCCAACAGAAACACUGUCUUCUUUGAUAUUAAUAUGAAAGGGUUAGAUGGAAUUCAGGGUCCAGUGUAUGUUGGCACAGGAUGUGUAUUCAGAAGGCAGGCUUUGUAUGGAUAUGAGCCUCCAAAGGGUCCAAAGCGCCCCAAGAUGGUCAGCUGUGACUGUUGCCCUUGCUUUGGACGCCGCAAGAAGCAGCAACAGCUUCCAACAUAUUCUAUUAAACGUCCCGUAAAUGAAGAUUCUGCUGCAAGCGCCCCAGGGGCUGAUGAUGAAGGUGAGAAGCAGCAGUUGAUGGGGCAGAUGAUUGACUAUGAGAAGAGGUUUGGACAGUCAGCCAUAUUUGUGAGCUCCACCCUAAUGGUGGAAGGCGGGGUGCCUCCUUCCUCCAGCCCAGUGGCUCUGCUCAAAGAAGCCAUUCAUGUCAUCAGCUGUGGUUAUGAAGACAAGACUGAAUGGGGCCUUGAGUUAGGUUGGAUUUACGGCUCAAUCACAGAAGACAUCCUUACAGGUUUCAAGAUGCACUGCCGUGGCUGGAGGUCUAUCUACUGUAUGCCCAGUAGGGCGGCAUUUAAAGGGUCUGCUCCCAUCAACCUCUCCGAUCGUCUCAACCAGGUGCUCCGAUGGGCUCUGGGUUCGGUCGAGAUCUUUUUCAGCCACCACAGCCCGGUAUGGUACGGCGUCAAGGCUGGGAAGCUCAAAUGGCUCGAGCGGAUGGCAUAUAUCAACACCACCGUCUACCCCUUCACCUCCAUCCCCCUGCUCUUCUACUGCAUCCUCCCUGCCAUCUGCUUGCUCACAGACAAGUUCAUAAUGCCAGAGAUAAGUACCUUUGCGAGUCUCUUCUUCAUUGGGCUGUUCCUCUCAAUCUUUGCCACGGGCAUUCUUGAGCUGAGAUGGAGUGGAGUGAACAUAGAGGAAUGGUGGAGAAACGAGCAGUUCUGGGUGAUAGGAGGAGUGUCUGCACAUCUGUUUGCCGUUGUGCAGGGUCUGCUCAAGAUUUUGGCAGGCAUAGACACAAACUUCACGGUUACAUCCAAGGCAGCCGAUGAUGAGGAGUUUGGGGAGCUCUACACCUUCAAAUGGACCACCCUGCUUAUACCUCCAACCACAAUCUUGAUCAUCAACCUUGUUGGGGUUGCGGCUGGAAUCUCAAAUGCCAUAAACAGUGGGUACCAAUCAUGGGGUCCCCUGUUUGGGAAGCUCUUCUUCUCAUUUUGGGUCAUUGUCCAUCUUUACCCAUUCAUGAAAGGUCUCAUGGGCAGGCAAAACAGGACUCCCACCAUCGUUGUUAUAUGGUCAGUGCUUUUGGCUUCUAUCUUCUCCUUGCUCUGGGUCCGUAUUGACCCAUUUGUGUUAAAAACAAAGGGGCCUGAUGCCAAGCAAUGUGGAAUCAAUUGCUGA